AUGAGUGCAGGAAAAAAAGUUGUCGUUUUUCUUGUUACGUUUGUCAGGUUAGUUUAGAGUUUUCGAUUAAAUUUUUGUGUUUUCAUUCCUAUGGUUUAUGAGAUUUGUGAUGGGUGUACACAUCAAUUUUUAUAGAGAGAAGAAAAAAAACGAACAACAGAAAGAAUAAUUUUCGAUAAGAACAUCAUGAGUAUUCUAAAAAAAAAAGGCUAUCGUGAUUUCUUGCUUCCAAACUAUCACAGAUACAAAAAUGCUGUCGUAUGAGUCAAGGCGUUUGUUGAAUAAAAUAGUUAGAAUACUGGUUAUUCAGUCCCUCGUCUUGUUUUCAAAAUAAAAAUUUUUUUCUCAGUUAUGGGUUGUAUCAUGCAAGUCGAAAAUCGUUGAGUGGGGUGAAGUCGUCGAUCAAGGCUGAUUGGCUAGACAACAGGACUCAUGCGGUGAGUCUGAUUCUGAAUAGAUACGCUAUUUGGAUGCAGCCGCUGUUUUCGAGCGAAGGAGAGGCGAAGGCGUUUCUCGGUUCCCUCGACGCAAUGUUCAUGGCAGCUUAUGCCUCGGUUGGUCAGCAUCGCCUGCUUGUUCUACACACAAAAUUUCUAGGCCCUCUUUUUCUGGGGCUGGCUCGGAGAUCGGCUCAAUCCGAAGUGGGUCAUUGCCGCAGGAAUGUUCGGCUCCGCAAUAACUGUCAGUUUUGGCUCAGUUUCAUUAUUUUUUGUUUCACUAGAAUUUUCAUCUGAAAAGAAAACGAGAAAAAAAAACAUAAAAUUCCGUAAAUUAGCAGUCUAACAAUUGAAAAAAUUAUUUUUCAUUCGUUUUUUUUUUACAUUGACCUACGUAGGACCACAAAUUUUCGAACUGGAAUUUAUUUCAUUGUGGGCAAGCUUCGAGAACCGGCAUUGCUUUUGACGAUAUUCAGUUGACUCUAUUUGGAUCGUUCCCGAAGUGGUUUGACUUUUACUCGGUGUCUUUCUACUCGUUUACUUAUGUCGCUUUUGGUCUCGUUCAGGCCUGUGGCUGGCCUAGCGAAGUCGCUAUCAUGGUCAGUGCCCUUCAGUUCCUUUCUGAGUGACGUAUUCCAGGCCAAUUGGUUUGGAAAAGGAAACAGAGGCUUUGUAAUGGGCGUCUGGGCGUCUUGCCAACCUGUGGGCAACAUUUUCGGUUCCAUGUUCACCGCCAUAUUUCUUCCGUUCGGUUACGAGGUUUUUACAUUAGAUUUGAGUGUUCCAAUUUUUCAAUUCAGUAUACCUUUUUCUUCAACUCAGUUAUGAUAUUUCUUGGAGGGGUAGUCGUUCUGUCCUCUAUCGAUUCUCGACCAAAUGAAGUUGGCUACGAGAGUUUGAGCUCAGAGGAAGGCAGAUCUCAGAGGUCGGGCUUGGAAUCACUCGAGAAGCAAAGAAAUCUUUUGAGGAUAUCCUCUGCCGAAUCUCACGAAGAACCUAUCAGUCUGUUCCGAGCGUGGCUACUGCCUGGAGUUUUCGCCGUGAGUCUACAUUUUUACUUUUUUUUUUAAACGUGACUGUUAAAACUAAUUUUGAAAUGUUGUAGAACAAAUUGUUCGUGAAAAAUACAUUCCCUAUGAAAAAAUUUUUUUUUGAAUUAUCAUAAUGGAGUUUUGCUCAUAAACUAAUCUUAUUUCGAUUUUUGUAAAUAGGCUUUUAACUUAUACAAAAAUGACCGUGUACAUUAGGACCUACUGAUUCCAGAACAAGAGAAAAAAGUUUUCGCAAUAGAUCUUUUUUUUCGAAUGGAGCUUCGAAAAUUUUAAAAUACGCAAGUCAUGAAGAAAAAGCACUUUUUAAGCUUUUGAAGCGUUUUAACUAAAAACUAGACAUGAUGCGAAAAUUUUAUUUUAUUUUUGUAGAAUCAGGAGGCUCUAAAGUACUCUUCAGGCAAGUUUCAUCAAAAGUUCGAUCUGGGGCUAAAAACGUCACCUAGUUAAUGUGUGAAACGGAACUUUUUACAGUACUGUGUUUGCAAUGCUUGCUUGAAAUUGGUCAACUAUGCCUUUUUCUUCUGGCUUCCGCUCUAUUUAACGGACGCCUACAAUUGGGAGGAAUCUCAGGUUUCUCACCUGUCUCGCAAUCACCAUAUGAAAAUUACCCAAAGUUCAGGCCGACCAACUAAGUAUUUGGUACGACAUAGGGGGCAUCAUUGGCAGUGUUCUCGGCGGCUAUAUUACGGUUCUUUUUCGAAAUGCUAUUAACAAUAGCGAUGAAUUGUGAAAUAGGAUAAAAUGGGCUGUCGCACUCCUUUGAUAGUCGCGAUGCUGAUGUGCUCUAUAAGCUCGCUGUUUCUGUAUGCGCACGUCGGUAGGAAGGAUUCGACCUGGGUCAGCUUUCCUUCUUUUUCAGGGCCCUUCAUGUUUUGGAACGCCUUGGUGAUGACGACAGUCGGUGUGACCGUCUCAGGUCCUUACAAUUUGAUCGUUGGGUCUAUUUCCAUUGACUUGGGCUCUCAGCCGGCUCUCGCUGGGAACUCAAAGGUCUGUCAAACCUUUUUUUAAUUCUAAUAUUGAUUUGGUCUUUUUUACAUUGAUCUUUUUACUAAUUUGUUAUUGAAAGGGAAAAUUUUUCGAAUUAAAAAAAAUUAGGUUUGAACUUUUUCCCUCAUUUAUAAGUGCUUAUUUCUAGAACUCGGUUAAAAAUAACACCUAUAUGAUUGAUUAGUUGAUCAUAGAAACAUACUUUUAAAUGUUUCUCGUUUCGUUAGCCUCUCAAUUUCACAUUUUUAAUAUUUUUAAUAGAAUUAGAACUGUUCACAGAGGAAAUGAAGUUCAAUUCAGGCGAUGUCCACGGUUUCCGGCUUGUUGGAUGGUACCGGAUCUUUGGGAAGUGCCGUAGGACAAUUUUUCAUCCCUCUCGUCCAAGACGAGCUUGGCUGGAAGGCGGUUUUCUACGUCUUUAUGAUUUUGGUGAGUUAAAGUUGAUCUCUUUCAUUCUGAAAUAUUUUUUUAAUAAAAAAAUCUUUUUGCCUAUUAUCGCUUGUAAAAGGUUUUUUUGAACAUUUGGUGAAGAAAUGUUUCUACUACGUUCUCAAUUUUCAAAGUUGAUACAUCAUUUUUUUAGUUUAUCGGUAAAAAAAUUGUUUGGAAAAAAAGAAAAUCAUUUGUAAAAUUGAAGACGAUUAGACAAAAAAGGAAAACGAUAGAGGAAAGGCUAAGAUCUCGAACUCAAUAAUGUACUUUUCGCAGUUUUUAUGUUACACGAACUAAAUGCUCACAGGAAUUAAAGCCUGUUUUACAUUUGCUUUGACCUAUCUUUUUCAUAUCUAUAAUUUGCAUAAUUUGGUGUGAAAAUGGUCACGUUAUGGUCACUCAACGCACACCUCGUUCUCGCUUUCAAAAGAGAAGUGUUAACAAGGUGCUAACGUGGGAAGUAUUGUUUACACUCCCACAAGUUCGGGCUUUCUGAUAAUCUACAAUAACUUUCUGACGUUUUUUUUCCUAGUUAGAAUGCUCUCUAACGCAUGUUUUGGUAGGGAGAUAAAAUCGAAAGAAGGUUUUCGGUUUUCACUAUAAUUCAACAUUGAAACAUUUCUCUUUUGAAUCACAAAAAUUAUGAGGUGAAGAAUAUCUAAUUCCCCCUCUGCCUGAUAGUUUCUUCUUUUAAAUUUUAUAAGAACAUAGUAAACAACCUAAAAUAUUUUUUUCUUUUAUAAAAUAGUGUUCAACGAGCUCAACAGAAAAGUACUUCUUGCUUUUUUCAGAAUGGAUUGGCUGUCCUCUCUAUUCUGCCAAGAUGCAUCCACGAUAUUAAAACUAUGAGAAGAAGCAAUUUUGGCGAACAGGCUCCUCUUUUGAUUGACGAGCGCGAACACGAAGAUUGA